GCCCCCGGAAGGGGCAGCGGCCAAUGGGCCGCGAGUCCCGUAAGCGUCAGGCGGGCGCUAGCGGCGGCGCGACGCUCACCAUGGUGGAGUACCGGAUCCGGCCGUACCGCGAGGAAGACUACGAGGCGGUGCGGGAGGUCUUCGCCACCGGCAUGAGCGAGUACGCGCCGGCGCUGUGCCUGCACGUGCUGCGGCAGCCCUGGGCUCUUCUGGCGCUGGGCUGCACCUUCUGCCUGCUGCUAGCCAGCGCCCGCUCCCUCCUGCUGCCCGUCCUGGCCCUCACCCUGCUGCUGGCCCUGGCCCGGCACCUCCUGGGCUGCGCCUGGAGCACCUACAUCGACCGCUGCCUCGGGGACGACCUGCGGGACAUCGGGGCCGCCUAUGCCGAAAGCGCCGGCGCCCGGUUCUGGGUGGCCGAGGCGGACGAGAGGGUGGUGGGCACGGUAGGCGUGCGACCGGCCGACAACGGCGCCGACGGGGAGCUGGCGCUGAAAAGGAUGUCGGUGCGGAAGGAUUACCGGGGCCUGGGCAUCGCCACGGCGCUGGGUCGCACCGCGCUGGCCUUCGCGCGGCAGCGCGGCUGCCGGGCCGUGGUGCUCAACACGCUGAUGCUGCAGCACGAGGCUCGCGCCCUUUACGAGCGCCUGGGCUUCCGCCGGCACCGCCGCUACGUCCUGCCCACCGCCUACGGCCGCCUGGUCAACUGCACCAUCACCACCUACCGCUACGACCUGUCCGGCACGCCCUGAGCCUCGUCGCAGCCCCGGGGAGGGUGGGCAUCGUGCCCCGGCACCGGCACGGCCAGGCGUGCUCCCCACGUGGGGCCGAGGGGCACGGGGGGAGCCCGUGCCCAGAGCCCCACGGCGCUGGCUGCGCCGCGGGCCGCUGCUCUUGACCGUGCCCGCCGGACACGGCGCUGCCGCGGGGCGCUGGGUCCCCCCCGGCUCCGGCUCGUGCCUUGCCGUGGAGCCGCACGGGCAUCGCUUCUCAGGGAGUGUGCCGCACGCCGGCACAGGGGUGGCACGGGGGGUAGGGACCCUUGUGCUACGCGCGGUGGGGGGGUCUGCAGGGCGCAGAGGAGGGGCUGGGACGGCUGCCCCCACCUUGCCAGGGGGUGCCACGCUGCUCCCCACCAAGCCCUGCCCGGCUGUGCCUUGCCUGGCCCCGAUACCUCCGUGUCCCCUGGGGGGCAUGUGGCUGCCCGAGGGAGACCCCCUGGCCACGUCCCCCCUCAUCCUGGCUGCUCCACGGUGCCUGCGGGUCAGGCGCUGCCCCUGUACAGGCUGGAGAAAUAAAGGACUGUCCGCAGCG